ACCUGUCCCACCCGCCCACCUUCUCUCUGUGAUUACUGCAUCCUUCCUCACCACUUCUGUCUGUUCAUCAAAACCUUCUCCUACGUUCUACAUCCCUUUCCCCAUAUCUCACACCCAUCCCCAUAUCUUCCUCCUCCCCCAUAUCCCUGAUCCCCAAAUUUCUCCUCGCCCAUAUUUUUCUCAAUAUCCAUUCCCCAUUUCCUUCAUAUCACCCCUCCUCCCCCUUCCACCCCCAAAAAAAGGCCAUAUCCCUUCCCUAAGCCCCCCUCCUCCUCAUAUACCUCCCUCGUCAGGUCAGGACAUUUAAAGUUGCCUCCAAACCCUGCCCCGCUCCAAAAAUAAACGACAGGCCCCCACCCUUUGCGGCACCUACUUACCCUGCUCCUGUUAUGCUAGGUGUCCCUCCGGUAUCCUCCCACCGCCCAUCCACGUUCUUUUCACUCCAGAGGAAGGGUCGUGACCCAAAUCAUCAUAGCGUUAUACCGCUUGUAAACAGGCCUUUCGACCCAACUUGCAUAUGCUGACCAAGAUGCCCCAUCUGCACAACUCCUCUUUACCCAUUUCUCAUCACAGAUGCCUGUUCCGCUGAAUUCCUUCCACAAUUUGCACCAGAUUUCAGUAUCUCCAAUAUUUUUUGCUCCCAAUCCCCUUUGUUGACCCUCCUCUUUGCCACCCACACAUCCCUCUACCCGUCUAAUUCAAACUGAAUUUUAUAUCCCCCCCCUCUCCAUCCAUGUCACUUUCCCCUGAUAAUUCUAAUUCCCAGCCCCUCAAGCCUGGGCCCACUACAUGUUCCCCACAUAUGAAUGCCCGUGAACUUUUUUCGUUUGCUAUCUUUGCUGCCCUCCCUCUCCCACUCAUCCAGUGCCUGGGAAUAAGCAGCAUUAAUGAUGGAAGGCUAGCAUAGACUCCUGGUGCCGGGACCUCCUUUAAUGAUGUAACUUCUCAACUUGUCGACAUUUUGAACAAGGAAUGGAAGGCGACGAUAAUGAAUUGUCAACUCCGGGAACUGGGCAAGGGUUCCAGGCGGCUGUGAACUCCCCGAGCGAGGACGAUCACCCCGCUUCUGAAAACGUAGCCAGCUGCGGGUCUGCAUGGGACAGAGAGAAGGUUUGUUACUGGAAUUGUGAGUCGCCAAUGGAAGAAGCUCACGGUAACCAUGCAAGCAGCUCGGGGAACCAAACCUGGGACUGGUCUUCAGAGUCGGACACAUACACUUCUGAUUUGGACAGCACAGAGGAGGAGCUAACUGAAGAGCAUGACUAUCUCAGGUCUCUACUGCAGAUCAUUGGGAAACCUCCCCCAUCUCAGUAUUACACCGAGUUUGAGAAUGCUAUGAACGAUCCAAGAACAGAGAGUUCUUUCUCUUUUCUGCAUGCCGGAGGCUGUUCCAGUAACGAACCCGAAAGAGGAAGAGAGUCUCCCUACUGCCUGGAUGUGGGAUUGUCGUUGAACAAUGCUGAGGAGGCAAAGUAUUCGGGUAUCGUUGCCCCGUUCUCCACGAGAUUGUUGUCGCAUCCGUCCUUCCAAUCCUUCUACACUGCUGUUGCGAAUCAGCAGAGACACAGCCGACCCGCGGAAAACAACGGCUCCACAUUCGACAAGCAAGACUCCGUCAAUUCCUGCUCACCAUUUCACUUCACGGCAAAACCUGAAGCCUCUGCCCUGCCCUCCCAGGAAAUUAACAUGCCAAUUCUUCAGCCGUGUGAGUUUUUCUACACCGACCCAAUGCUGCCCUCCGGUUAUCGAGUUUACAACCAUCUGUCUCAUCCGACACGCCAGAUGAUGCAGGGUUUACAACUUAACACUCCACCUCCAAUCAUGUCUGCAUGCGUGGCUCCAACGAACGCCCAGCCAACUGCGCCGAGCCCUAUCCCUCCCUCUUUAAACGGGUGUCAGGGGCAGAGCAGGCCCGUCUCUAAAGCGGAGCACGACGCCAUCAGCACCUUGCUUGAACUCAAACAGUGCACUCAGUUAGACUGCGCAAUGGCAGAGUCACCAAAAUGCCCAGCCAAGAGCAAGGGCAUCCACCAAGCAGAGACUGUGUGUUUAUCGGACGAUUCAGGGGCCCCAGGAAUCCAGGGCGGCAAUGGAACUGAGCAAAAGCACCUUUCGCUUCCGAAUGACAGUGGCAGCCCUUCAUUAAAGUCUCACCAUGACACAGAGCUUUAUACAAUUUAUCCAGAAACCCUGCCUGAAUGUGAAUACACCCCGCCACAGAGUUCCUCCGAUUGUAAUGGGGUGUCGAGAUUAAACAGCACAUCCUCGGGGACCGAGUUUAAAGUAUUUGACCCAGUGAGGUUAACAGAUAUUUUGCCAGCGGUUACUCAGGAGAUAGAAGUUGGCAGCUGUGAUUUCCUUAUUUAACCUGGGGGUGUGAGGGGGAGAAAUACAGCAGGCCAUGAAUGAAGAAAUGUGCUCUAAGUCACUGUUUAUCUGGCACCAAAUCUGUUUUGUUUUAAUUCUGCUCUGGAGACUUGUGGCAAAAUGUUCAAAUUAAUUCUGCCCCGAAAAUCAAGUUGUCUCUCCUUGCUGCCACCAUCGAUAAAGGAAUAGUAUGCGAAGGCUAUACCCUGUCGACAACUCGCAGUGAUUCUAGUAAUUCAGUAAUUCUACAAAAAAAUGGAUCUGUGAAUAUACAGGGAUAUUUUUGGCAAUAAUUAACAAUGUUAAGAGCUUUGUUUUGAUGUCCUGACGCAAAUUUGGAUUUCAUUUUUUUUGUUCUUUCUUUCAAGUGAUAAAGAGCUGGGUUUAAUGAGGGAAUUAACUGGGAAAUUGGGAGACCAGGGUGGAUUCUCACAAUGGCUGAAAAGAGUCAGCUGCUUUGGAGAAGGGUGAAAUUGACAUCAAGCCAAGUGGCUAAACAGUGAAAGAGUGCAAUCGAACUAAGAGUGACUUUCAGGGAAGUUUUAUUUAUGUCCCCAUGUUAUGGUGUAUAGUUGAAACUAGACUAGGUCUUAUGUUCCAUGUGACUUCACAAAUUGCUUUUUAUUUAUACAAUUUUAUAGAUGGCAAGAUCAUCCCCAAUGACUUUGAAGGUGGGGUAAGUGCUGCCAUUAUGAAUCACUGCAGCCCUGAGAAUGAAUCUUUUCUCCAUUCUUUGUAAGGAAUUAAAGGGUUUGGACGCAGUGAAGAUUAGUACUGCAAUAUAUUUUCCUAGUCAGGUGGUCUGAUACUGUAUAUUUGCAAAUGUCCUAAACUUGGGCAAAGGAGUUUUGAGGCAACAUACAUUUAAUUUUAGGUGGCAGUAAAUUACCUGUGGCACCAGACUAAGCAUUCCAACAUUAAUGUUAAAUGACUUCUGUUGUUCUGUCUAUUCUCUUAAUACCAGAAAAAGUCCUGGGGAAAUAAAUCUCCUCAAAUGGGUGGUUAAAAUUAAAACCACAAUGAUUUUUUUUUUUUUUUAACUAUAUGUUGAUUAUCCAUCAACAUGUUGAAGCUUGCUUGGGCAUAAAAUUAGCUUAUCCCCAAGGCCUUGUAACAUUUUCUGUCUGCCACUUGUUAAAAUAACAACUUGGGACGUAGGUAUUCACUUGCAUUGCAUUAGUAUUUGAUCAAAACAAUCUGAACCUGAACCAAAUAGGCAAGCUCCAAAUAGUAGUCCCCUAGUUUGCGUUUGCCAGUGACACUACAGCCUCUGAAGUAAAGAUAGCAGAUGUGAUAUUUUGUGUAACUUUUGAGUAGAGACACAGAUGUUUACUUGUGUCAGAAUGUUUUUUUUGUU